AUUGAACUGUAUAACAGCAUUGUAGAGAAAGAGGGGACAGUUGGUCAACAAGAGGCCAUGAAGGUAUAUAGAGCUGCCCGCGAGGGAAGUGAUGAUUCUAUUGAAGUGGCUGUAGGUGAUGAUGUUUCUUCAGCCCUCAUAGAUAGGGUUGAUGCUAUGCUUCAGAACCUUGAAAAGGAAAUUGAUGAUGUUGAUGCCAAAAUUGGUGACCGUUGGCGAGUGCUUGACAGUACUGGUUACAAAAUCGAGGGGCGCUCAGAUGGCUUAAUCGUGGCCUAUUGA